AAAAAUAAGUACAAUUCAUUCAUUUAAAUUGCUCAAAUUGCUGUUUAAUUCAUUCAUUUAAAUCCCAAAUUGCUAUUCUAUAUCUAUACUGUUUCUCCUUCAAAAUAGAUCUUGUUCCUCUUCCCUCUAUCAUCUUACUCUUAAUUGUAAAUCAUGGAGGAUGAAGAUAAGACAAUUGAAUGUGAAGAUUCAGCACCAUCCACAGAGAUGAAUCAUGUAGCCUCUAUGGAUCAAGAAACACAGGAGGAGACAGUUAUGAACCUCAAAGGCAUAGAUGGAAAUGAACCAACAGAAGGAAGUAACCUAUUGAAUAGUAGUGAAAAAAGGCUGCAGGAAAUACCAACUGAAUCAACUCAUUUGCAAAGACUAAGACAGACAUUUGCCUGUCCUCCACAUGGUUUACUGGAUAGAGUAAUAACAAAUGUUACCAUCCUCGUUCUUCUGUGGGCUGUAGUUUGGUCAAUUACUGGCAGUGAAUGUCUUCCUGGAGGAAACUUAUUUGGAAUUAUAAUCCUUUUCUACUGUGCCAUCUUUGGAGGUAAACUUUUGGGGCUCAUUAAGUUACCUACAUUGCCUCCGCUGCCUCCUCUUCUUGGCAUGCUGCUUGCUGGAUUUCUCAUCAGAAAUAUCCCUGUCAUCAGUGAUAACGUGCAGAUCAAGCACAAGUGGUCUUCCACUUUGAGGAGCAUAGCGCUGUCCAUCAUAUUGGUUCGUGCUGGCCUUGGGCUUGAUCCACAGGCCCUGAGGAAGUUGAAGGGAGUCUGUGUAAGAUUAUCCAUGGGUCCCUGUCUUGUGGAGGCAUGCUCAUCUGCCCUUCUUGCCCACUUCCUAAUGGGUUUACCAUGGCAAUGGGGAUUUAUACUGGGUUUUGUCUUAGGUGCUGUAUCUCCAGCUGUCGUGGUGCCUUCAAUGCUCCUUUUGCAGGAAGGAGGCUAUGGUGUUGAAAAAGGUGUCCCAACCUUACUCAUGGCUGCUGGCAGCUUUGACGACAUUCUGGCCAUCACUGGCUUCAACACAUGCUUGGGCACGGCCUUUUCCACAGGCUCCAUGGUUUUUAAUGUCCUCAGAGGCGUUCUGGAGGUAGUAAUUGGUGUGGCAGCUGGGUCUCUUGUUGGAUUUUUUGUUCAGUACUUUCCAAGCAGUGACCAGGACAGACUUGUGUGGAAGCGGGCAUGCCUUGUCCUGGGGCUCUCUGUGCUGGCCGUGUUCAGCAGUGUGUACUUUGGUUUCCCUGGGUCAGGAGGACUGUGCACACUGGUCAUGGCUUUCCGAGGCGUGGGAUGGACCAGCGAAAAGGCAGAGGUUGAAAAGAUUAUUGCAGUUGCCUGGGACAUCUUCCAGCCCCUUCUCUUUGGACUGAUUGGAGCAGAGGUAUCUAUCAUAUCUCUCAGACCAGAAACUGUAGGCCUUUGUGUUGCCACCCUGGGCAUUGCAGUACUGAUACGAAUUUUGACUACAUUUCUGAUGGUGUGUUUUGCUGGUUUUAACAUAAAGGAAAAGAUAUUUAUUUCUUUUGCAUGGCUUCCGAAGGCUACAGUCCAGGCUGCAAUAGGAUCUGUGGCUUUGGACACAGCGAGGUCACAUGGAGAGAAACAGUUAGAAGAAUACGGAAUGGAUGUGUUGACAGUGGCAUUUUUGUCCAUCCUCAUCACAGCCCCAGUUGGAAGUCUCCUCAUUGGUUUGCUGGGCCCCAGGCUUCUCCAGAAAGCUGAACAUCAAAAUAACAAUGAAGAAGUUCAAGGAGAGACCUCUGAACAAGUUUAGAGGUGAAAAGAGAGAAUGCUGAAUAUAAUGAUUAGAAAGCUGCUACCAGAGGCUACUUUUAUCAAGAUGGAUAUUGAAAGAUGUAAUAUUUAAGCUUAAAAUGUAACAGAACCAAAAGUGUGGCUAUUUCUUUAAACAGCAUUUUCAACCAUUACCCUUUCCAUGUGGGUGGUAAUGUUCUACGUCUCCAACCUGAUCUCUCUACCUUCUUUUUUUUUUUCCAAACACUCCAUCAUAUAUCUUAAUCUGUGUGGGGACACACACACUUGAAUGUACUACCACAACUUAAAAUUAACA